UGACCGAUAAGUUUGACAGUUAAAGGCUGGAGUGUUUACAAAUUAUCCCGAGGUGGUGGUACUUGCUAACAUAAGCCACUAACGCAAUUUUCUAUUGUUUAGGUUCGGCUGCAAGCGUUCUUAUACCUACUAAAGAUGUCAUCCUUCGGCGGAAUUAAGUUGCCGAGCCGCCUCCCGUUGCUUUUGACCCACGAAAGUGUUCUCCUUCCUGGCUCGACUGUUCGCUUCAACGUAGAUACUCCUCGGAACAUGCACUUGAUCAAGCAACGUUUGCUCAAGGGGACUUCGCUCAAAAGCACCAUUAUUGGAGUGAUUCCCAACACCAGAGACCCCGCGAAGGAUGCCGACGACCUCCCCACUUUGCACAAGAUUGGCACAGCUGGGAUUGCAGUUCAGGUAGUGGGCAGUAACUGGCCAAACCCACACUAUAGCCUUCUCAUCACUGGAUUGUGCCGGUUUAGUGUGUCAAGCCUGCUGACGGAACGACCAUUUAUUCUGGCUGAGGUGGAGCAGUUGGAACAGUACACCACUCCAGCAGAGGGUGUCUCGGCAGGAGAUGGAGAGCUGGAGGAAUUGUCACAAAUAUUCUACCAGACAGCUCUGCAGUUGUUAGGUAUGCUGGACAUGUCUGUUCCAGUAGUGGCCAAAUUCAGACGUCUUUUGGACAACCUUCCCAAGGAAACUCUGCCUGAUGUUGUUGCCUCCAUGAUCCGCACUUCAAACAAGGAGAAAUUACAGGUACUGGAUGCCGUUAGCUUGGAGGAGCGUUUUAAGAAAACAUUGCCCAUGCUCACCAGACAGAUAGAAGGAUUUAAAUUGGUGCAGAAGACACGGAAAAUGUUGCCGGACCCAGAAAAGACGGUGCUAUCCGUGUGUAAAAGUGGGAUGUUUCCGGGGCGACAUUUCAAUCUGAAUGAGGAAGAUGAGGAAGAGGAGAGUGAUGAUACAGCCUCCCUGGUUAGGAAAGUUCAUGCGGCCAACAUGCCGGAUGCAGCUCUCAGAGUUUGCUUAAAAGAGGUCAAAAGAUUAAAGAAGAUGCCGCAAUCCAUGCCUGAAUAUGCCCUCACUCGAAACUACUUGGAUUUGAUGGUAGAGCUUCCAUGGAGCAAAAGCACCAAAGAUUGCUUGGAUAUCCGAGCUGCCCGGACAUUGUUGGACAAUGACCACUACGCAAUGGACAAGCUAAAGAGACGAGUAUUGGAGUACCUGGCUGUCAGACAGCUGAAAGCUUCACUGAAGGGCCCGAUCCUAUGCUUUGUGGGACCACCGGGAGUCGGUAAGACCAGCGUGGGGCGCUCCAUCGCUAAGACUCUAGGCAGAGAGUUUCAUCGCAUCUCUCUUGGGGGUGUUUGUGACCAGUCGGACAUCCGAGGACACAGGCGUACGUAUGUAGGCAGCAUGCCGGGCCGCAUCAUCAACGGUUUGAAGAUGGUGGGUGUCAAUAAUCCAGUUUUCCUCCUGGAUGAAGUGGAUAAACUGGGGAAGAGUAUGCAAGGAGACCCUGCAGCUGCACUGCUAGAGGUACUUGACCCGGAGCAGAACCACAGCUUCACAGACCACUAUCUCAACGUGGCUUUCGAUCUCUCUCAAGUGCUCUUCAUCGCCACGGCCAACACCACUGCAACCAUCCCCCCAGCCCUGCUGGACAGAAUGGAGGUGCUGCAGGUGCCCGGAUACACGCAGGAGGAGAAAGUGGAGAUAAGUAACCGGCACCUGAUCCCUAACCAAUUGGAGCAGCACGGAUUAUCAACUAAGCAGCUGCAUAUACCUCCAGACACCACCAUGGACAUUAUUAACAGGUACACACGUGAGGCUGGUGUACGCUCACUGGAGAGGAAAAUUGGAGCCGUCUGCCGAGCCGUUGCUGUAAAGAUCGCUGAAGGCCAAACACAUUCUAAGAGUGAAGAAUUGACUCCAGAGGAUCACACACAACAGGGAGAGAAGGCAGCCCCCCCGGCGAUGCCAAUCAUAAUAGACCACAGGGCUCUUAAAGACAUCCUGGGAGCUCCGCCCUUCGACAUGGAGGUGUCGGAGCGGCUUACACUACCUGGAGUGGCCCUGGGCCUUGCCUGGACUCCUCUGGGUGGCGAGAUCAUGUUUGUGGAGGCCAGUCGAACAGAGGGCGAGGGUCAGCUGACUCUCACGGGUCAGCUAGGCGACGUCAUGAAGGAAUCGGCGCAUCUCUCCAUCAGCUGGCUUAGAGCUAACGCUAAACGCUACCGGCUCACAAACAUGGUGGGGGCUCCGGACCCUUUAGAAGGGACGGACAUCCAUCUUCACUUCCCUGCUGGAGCUGUGACCAAGGAUGGCCCAUCUGCUGGCGUUACCAUAGUAACCUGCCUGGCAUCUCUCUUCAGUGGACGACUGGUCCGGUCAGACGUCGCCAUGACCGGAGAGAUCACGCUGAGAGGCCUGGUUCUUCCGGUGGGCGGUAUUAAAGACAAAGUGCUGGCAGCUCACAGGGCGGGCGUCAAGCGAGUCAUUGUGCCCAAACGUAACGAGAAGGACCUGGAGGAGCUUCCGGCGAAUGUGCGAGACGGCCUGGACUUUGUCACCGCAGCCGACCUGGACCAGGUGCUGAACGCUGCUUUCAACGGAGGCUUUCCCGUGACAGAAGAUAUGGGUCAACUCCCUCAGCUCAGCAGCAAGCUGUAGCGUGGCUCAUUGGUACGACCCUCCAGCAUGCAUGCAAACAAACUCCCAAGUUUCCAUGUGUCACCAGUCACCAAUUCAAGGCUCCUUCUAUCAAUAAAAUAAAAUAUGCUUGCUUUUUACAUGUAAAAUGGAAAGCAAUUGCUCAUUUGAUGUAUUGUUAUAUAUUUCAUUAUAUAAUUUUGGUCCCAGAAUCUUGCACACAAAAAAAAUCACAUUUCGUUUUGUUUUGUUUCAUUUAUUUCAAACGUGGAAAAAAAUAGGAUUACUGUACACAAAUGAAAAGACGACAAAAUACAUGCAUAUAUACAUAUAUACACAUACAGACAUACAUAUAUAUAUAUAUACACAUAUAUAUAUAUAUAUAUAUAUAUAUACAUAUAUACAUACACACAUACACAUUCAAAAUAAUCACACAAAAUGCAUACAAAUAAAAAGUAAAGGCCAUAAAUGAUUUAAAACCAUGACAAGGGAGUACCGUUUUUUUCCAUGUAUAAUGCGCCCCCAUGUAUGAUACACACCGUAAAAAUGGCAUGUCGAUGCUGGAAAAAAGCCUGUACCCAUGUAUAAUACGCACCCGAGUUAUGACUUUUUUCUUUUUUUUUUUUAAAGUCCCAAUGAUCGUCACACACGCAUCUGGGUGUGGUGAAAUUUGUCCUCUGCAUUUGACCCAUGCCCGUGUGAUUUUGAUCCAUCCCCUGGGGGAGAGGGGAGCAGUGAGCAGCAGCGGCGCCGCGCUCGGGAAUCAUUUGGUGAUCUAACCCCCCAAUUCCAACCCUUAAUGCUGAGUGCCAAGCAGGGAGGCAAUGAGUCCCAUUUUUAUAGUCUUUUGUAUGACCCGGAUGGGUUACUUAAGUCCGUAAACGUAAAAUUAUUUCAGAAAAAAGAUCAUCUUUGGGAACAACCGGAUGUUAUUCUGCCGUAUGUUAUUAAAUUGUUGUAACAUGAUUUUCUUCAAAAAAAAAAAAAAAUUGUACCCAUGUAUAAUGUGCACCCUAGAUUUUAGGACAAUAAAUUAGUUAAAUUUUGCGCAUUAUACAUGAAAAAAAACGGUAUUUAUACAAUGCUAAUUUCACUUAUUCCGGGGGGGAGUGAAGAAUUAAUUGGUUGAUUCCAACUUGACUUGAAAACAUCUUAAAAAAAUCUCUAACAUUGUGACUUUUUCUUUCCUUUCCACACAGCAAUACAAUACAAUACAAUUUUGUACAAGCAGAAAUCCCUUGUGACAAAUCCCAGCAAACUGUUCUAAAAGAAUGUUACGUGAGGGAUAUGGGCAGAAAGAACAGUUGACAGGAUCGUGAAGAACAUCCAUGUUUUGUGUUAUUCAUCAGCCAGUGACCCCAUGGCGUCUUCACCUCAAAGCUGUCAUCUGGUUUGAGGCUUGAAAAUCAAAUAUUUUGAGCUUCUUUGUUCCUUCAUCAGAAACAGAGGGAGAGUGUUUCUUUAUCAUGACAAGUACAUUACUUCAAAUUAAAUCAGACACAUACAAUGCUAGAAGGGUUCUGGGAUAGGAAAAGUCAAUUGGAAUAGGCUUUGGCACACCCCCAACUAACCAGUGCACCAUCAUGCUGGUAAUGUAUGAAUCUUGAUUCAAUCAUUUCGAUUUCUAUUCUCUCAAUAUAUUUUCCAUACAUAUGGUCUACAUACGCCUCAAGUGCAUAUGAAUUGCCAGACCCAUCUUUCCAUUGUACAAAUCAAAGCACAAAAAUGUGCCCACUCCCACCAUACAUAAUCAUUUCUGACCAGAACCAUAUUUCUUCCUCUUGAACACAUCCUUCAAGGUCAUAACAUCAAAUAUGUUUCGACAGGUUUGACAUUCUGUUACGGAUGCCCCCUCCCAAAAAUGCAUGACUGUAUUUAUGUCUGAGUUAGCUGCUCCUCAAUGAUCUAUCCAGUAUAUAAAGUCGCUAACAUUGUCAUGGGCGGUGGUGUGCUGUGGAUAACAACCCCCCCCCCCCCCUCCCCUCUCUUGCUGAAAUAAUUCCCAGACAGUCCUUGAAGUUUUGCAAACUUUAUGCUCCUCCAUCACAGCAGAAAGUCUCAAACAAACUUGCCCAUUAGCCCUCAUUAGAAACCCUAACUCGAGUGCAGGGUUAGGGAAUCCUGGUCCCACGAGAGCCAUAACCGGCCUCUUUUCCCAAGUCUUCCUACUGCAACACACCAGAUCUAGAUGAUCAGCUCAUCUGUAGAAUCCUGAAACCAUUCUGAUCAUUUCAAUCACGUGUUUUGCAGCAGGGAGACGUAAAAAAAACAGGCCAGCCAUUGGUCACGUGGGUUCCCUCACCCUGUUGUCAUAAAUCCCUACUUUGAAACCCUAAUAUUGACAUAAAGCACUACUUUGAAAUGCUAUCCAGGUUUGGCAGCUGGAAGUCUAUAAAUACACAAUCCCCGACAAAUAUAAUGGAGCAUAAAAAAUAUUUUAGGCAAAGGUGCUGUGUGCUGUGGAUGCCUUCCUUAGGUGGGUGUCCGUCCAUAGCCAACAAGUGUGCUCUACCGCUAAAUAAUAAAUGUUACAAAUACAAUUAUUUUCCAAUUUCGCGGACCACCUGCAAUGCCGCCACGGACCACUAGAGGGCCGCGGACAACCGGUUGACAAUGGCUGCGCGACUGCAUUGCCUCUGAACAAACAUCAGAUUCAUUUGCCCUUUGAACAGUUUGCCAUGCACGCUAUGGGGUGUCUUUGAAUUCAUUUCUCUCCUUUUCCACGCUUUUCUCUUGCCAACAUUCUGAUCCAAAAUUGAUCUUGGUUUUGGCCCUUCUAGAGAACAACUUAUUUAAUUCACCUUGUACAAGUCUUUAUUUUUGUGUGAAUUCCUGCCUUGAAGAAAAACAAACACAAUGCGAAUCAUAGUUUUCAAAUAAGGCUUGGGCCCUGGAGAAUAAAUUGCGUAAAUUUCCAACACUCUCCAUACUCAUUUCAAGAACCUUGGAAGAUUUCAACAUUUUCUGGCAACACAGUCUUCUUGUUUUUCAUUCUCAGAUGUUUCCACCUUGAAUGUGACCCGUGCUUUGUCUUUUCAGGCCUUUAUUCAUUGAGAUAUCUGGCUGUACAUUUGAGAUGAUGUUGGUCAACUGUCCAAAUACAUUACUAUUGGUUUUUCUUUUUCUUUUUUUUUAACACCGUCGUGCUGCCUUGGUCAUGCCGCGCCGCUGCCCAGCAUCAGGUUUCCAUGACAGUAUUAUUUUUAAACAGUCUGUGGGUGUCUGUGGUAAUAACAGGAUCAAUUUUAACCUGCCUGAGUGCACGCGUGUGGUGUGAGGGAUUGAUUUUAAUUCAAAGACCUUCAGGGUUGUUUUUUCUGUUUGAAAACUGAUACACAAUGAGUGUGUGACUGAUCAAACAAUGUACGUACUACUGUCCAAAUAAUGGACACUUUUUCCAUCUGUCCUCAAUUUUAUUGUAUUUGCAACACGAUCAACAAUAAAGGAUUUGUAUUCAA